GUUAUAGAUAAGCGUAGUGUCUCGUACAUAGCCAGAGCAAACUGUCACCGUGAUUGUGUACACAUUCUAUCAGGAGAGUCCUGUGCAUGUGCUUAUUGAUCACAAAUUACAAAAUUACGUUAUAAUAUUGAAAUCUUAUACGACGGAGUAUGUCAUUCUCAGUUUACUUAUUAGGGCGAAAAUUGAAAAGUUAGUUAAUUGUUAUUGUGAAAAACAGGAUUUAUUGUGUAGUUAUAAUUUUGGAAGAAUUUUAUCUGUGAAAUUAUGAUUUAUCAAAGUUUGGAUAUUGGAGUGGCUUGUUAAUAUUAAUAAUAAUGAAGAAUUAAGGAAGAAAUUGGAUAUCUGUGUGGGUUAAAUUUAUUUUAUGGUUUAUUAAAUGUUUAGUUUCGAGUUGGAUUAUCUAAGUUUUGAGUACAUUGUGAAAUAAAGCCAAUUAAUUCAUGGAUUUGAAUACAAAAGGAUGAGUGAUGGCAAAGUUUGUGAAGAAGUGCCCGUGUCUGCGGCCAAAGAUCGAGGAAGAUGUGCGCUUGCUCGACUACCGUCACUGCAGUCUGCAUGACGUCCCUGGGGAGGUGUUCAACUUUGAACGUACGCUCGAGGAGUUGCUUGUCGACUCCAACCAGAUACAGGAUCUACCCAGGGAGCUGUUUUACUGCCAUGGUCUGCGGAAGUUAAGCCUGAGUGACAAUGAGAUCAAACAGAUCCCCGCAGCCAUUGGACACCUUAUCAGUCUGGAAAAACUAGACCUCAGCAAAAAUGGUGUGAUUGACAUCCCGGAGAACAUCAAAACCUGCAAGUACCUGCAGAUCGUCGAUGCCAGCGUCAACCCCCUCGGAAAGUUGCCAGAGGGGUUUGCCCAGUUGCCAAACCUGACACAGCUCUACCUGAAUGACACCUUCCUGGAUUACCUGCCUGGAAACUUUGGCAGGCUGACGAAGUUGAAAUUCUGAGAUCCGUGAAAUCACCUGAAGACGCUGCCCAAGUCCUUCUCCCGGCUCGUGGAACUGGAGAAACUCGAUAUUGGUCACAACGAGUUCACAGAACUGCCUGAUGUGAUAGGAAGCCUGUCAGCGCUGCUGGAGCUAUGGUGUGACCACAACCAGAUACAGUCUUACACCGUUGAAAUAACGAAAGUGUAUCCUUCCUCAUAUUGUUACCACAUCAUGACAAAUAGUGAAUUGAAGAGUUCAGCAGCACAGGGCCUGUCACCCCCUCUUUAA